AGGUGUACCAAGCCUCAUCAUUUACCUAAAAAAAAACCUAUUAAAUUCUUUUUUAAAUUCCUUUUUCUUUCUUGUUUUGUCUUCUUUCUAUCUAUGUUUUUACCCCUUUAGCUUGUCGUUUUCUGUCUUUUUUACGUGUGUGCGUGAGUAAUAUCACUUCCCGAUUUCACUCACCGUUUCACUCACCAUUCGCGGUUAGGGACGUUUUUGGUUCUGUGCUCCGGCUUCACCGCCGAGUUCUGUAACGCAGCUGGUAGUGUGCGUCAUUGUGUUAUUGUCCUUGAGAGUGUCUGACAUCCGCCCCCCCUCACUCACAUCGCUCUUUUCCCUUUUUUCUUUCCUUGUGUAUCUUUCUUCGAAGAGGAAAGGGGAAAAGAAAUUGAAAAGAAGGGAAAGACCAGAGGAGUUUUUUUUCCUUUCCAGACGCAUUCAUUCUGGUCUUCUGCGCUUUCUCUGCGUGUGUGCUUACGGGGGAAAAAGAGAAAAAAGUAUUGGCUGUUGCGAAAGCCUCUCCUUCACUCUCGGCCACGUUCUUCUCCACGAGUAGUGAACGCAGAAAAGGAUUUGACGUUGUAGUUGUCGUGCACACGUUAUUUUCUCUCUCCUGCAAGAGACAAUCUACAAAAAACAAAGAACAACAACAAACGUGUCAAAGGGACGUUAUUAUCUCUUCUUUCCUAGAAAAAAAAACAACACAUCCAACAAUACAAAGAACUUUUCUUCACGGUGGGCGGAUACAGAAGAAGAAAAGGAGAAAAACAAGAGUUCUACAGUUGAAAAGGCAAGAGGAAAAGGAUAAAAUUCUUUUCCUUUCCAGCUCAGCUUCUAGUAGCAUCCGUUUUAUUUCCUUACUGGUGCGUGACGCGUUCAACUAAUUGCACGUGCGCGAAUCUGGUAGUUCUUUUCUUUCUUUUUUUUGUUUUCGCAUUUUUUGAAGCCAACUGACCGAACAGCAUUCGAAGUUGAGCGAAGCACCGUCUGUUUUUUGUGGUCCGCUUGGGCUCUGCUUUUGAUCGCAUCUUUUGUUCUCCGCUAUUCCGCUGUUUUUUCUUCCUUUUACUCCUCCCCCUCUAACAACCUCAAAGCAUUACACAAGGGGGGGAUAUCUAUCUUUUCUACUGUUCCUUUGUCACCUCUUGCUCUCCUGGUUUUACUCUUGCGCUUACGAGUCCUUUUCUUUUCUUUGGUUUCCUUCUCCUUUUUUUUUUACCCUUUUACCCGUUGCUGCAACGCUUCCUAUAUUUUUGGUUUUGAAUUCCCGUUUUUUCUGUAGUGCAGUGCCAAGUUUUUCACAUCAGCUUUUCUCUCUCCUUUUACGUAGCUUUCUUUUCUCAUUUCUCUCGUACGGGUUUACAGGAGCAGAACACGUCGCAGGAAAAAAGAAGAAACAUAAAACUGAAGAAGCGAAAAGUCGCACAAAUAUAUUUCCUCCCUCCUAAACCGCUUCCUGCUGGUUUUCGCUUUUCGACCUCGUUUUCGCUCCUUUUUUUUCUCAAACACGUCUUAAAAAGAGAAAAACGAAAAGGCAGUGUCGUUGCCUGUUCUUGUUUUGGCUUUCGCCUGUAUUUCCACACCUUUUUUCCCCUCUCUCUUCUGUCCAGUGUAUAUAGCCCCUGAACGCCCAUCGGCGUUUACGCACCUUCUUCUUCCUUUUCUUUUUUUCCUUUCUUCUUCACUUUUUGUCGCUCAUUUUCAUUGGCGUGUGCGCGCAUCCGUCCUUCUCCUUUUUUUUUUUUGAGGAUUGUUCAUCUUUGUGCUGUGGUGGUUGAGAACGAAAGGGAAAAGACGCAGAAGGCAACGGUGGACCACAAUACGAAGUGAAUACCGCGACUCUUCUAUUUUCUACUUUUUUUGUUUGCGUUGUUAUUUUCCCCCGCACCAAAUCUCUUCUAGGCAGAAGAAAGAAAGAAAGAAGAAGAGAAUAGCGCACGUGUACGCAUCCGUAUAUCAAGAAAAAGAAAUACGAAGACGAGAAGUUGUGAAGAGUUCUUUCUUACAAUUUUCUUUGUAUUGGUUGUUGUUUCUUUCUUCCUUUGAAAGUGGUUCGACGGUUUUGUCUGUGUGUGUGUGACUGCAUCGGAGAGAAGGAGUGAAGAAGGGAAAAACAAAACGAAGAGUACCUCUUGUUUGCCUUGAAAUACCUCAACAGGGAAUUCGAAUACGGAAUCGAUCCUCUCGUACUUACCUUCUUUUGAAAAUUACUCAUAUAUACACAUAUAAAUACAUAAAAUAAAUAGUGCUAUUUAUUUUGUGAUUUACAAUAAUCUGAUUUAGUCACUCAGACAAGAAAGUAUAAGUAUCAGUCAUUACCGUUUUAUAACCCUCAAAUUACCACUUACUCUCCUUUCACCUUGAUUUUUUUUAUUUAUUGAAGAGAACAAACGUACAAGGUUCGGCAAAAAAGGAAAGAUAAAAGCUAUUCUUUUUUUCUUCUUUCAAGAAAUCAAAGAAGAAAAAUCUAACAUUAGACCUUCUCCGGCAGAAAGUAUUGUUAGAUUUCGAAAACAUUUUUUUUAUGUUUCCUUUCCCCCUUUUUUUGUGCUCUUUGUUGUGUUUUUCAUUACAUUUUACGUUUUGCUUCGCUUUGUUUUUAUUCCUCUUGUUUUGGUUGUGUGCGUCCACCCAUUGCUGAGCCGUCAAAACAAAGCAUAUAGCAACGAGUGCGGGCUCUCCUUAUCUUACCGUCCUUCUUUUUUUCUUCUCUUUCUUUCUUUCGACGAAGAGGGUGGAGCGUUUGUUUUUCUCAUUACAAAGUUUUUCUUUCUUAAGCGAUAUCCUCAUUAUUGAGGGAGUUGCAAAAAGAGAGAAGAGGAAAGAUUCGAAUCGCAUUUCACUAUUACGUGAGCGCGGCAUUUUUUUCAUUCUGCUGCCGUCGUUUGUAUGAACACCCUGCUCCCACCACUUUUCUUCGCUUGCUUUCCUGCCUGAGCGUUAGUUAGAACAGGUGUAAGGUUUCUGUGCUGUGAGAGUGUUGCACUUUAUUGUUGCUCGAGCUAUCCAUCUGAAACGAAUUGCUGCGGACGGUUUCCCAUUUCACAUUUUUAUCGUUCUUCUCACAUCUCAUUUUUUUCCCUGGUUUGUUUCCCUCAAGAAGCUGAAGGAACGGUUUUAAAGUAGAGAGACGAGACAGGACAACGGAUUUUUUUUUUGUCUAGCAGCAAAACAAAUUCGAUUUCUCUAAAGAAGAGUUUCAAAAAAGCAGAACACUUCAAGCUGCUCUACGAACACCGCUUCUCUUGUGACUUGCAACUCGCGGAAGUUGAAAAAAAAACCUUUGAUUGUUUGUGGAGGUUUUCUGGUUGAGCAUUCCUCAGCAUUGUUUUCUUUACUCUCUGCGGGUGGAUAGGACAUUCUUUUUCUUAGAAGAGCUUAGCACUUAGUCUCCUUGUUGUUCUCUUUGUCUGCCACUGCCUCUUUUUACCACACCCCCACCCCCGUUUUUUAAAUUCAAACAUUUUCUUUGUACUCUUCCUGUCUCCUUGAUACGACACAGUUGUUGCCAACGUCAACAAGACUCAGACGAGAUCAAAGAAAGAAAAAGAAGGAAAAAGAGAAGCUGUGAUUUAUCUCUCUUACUGAACGGCUGUGCUUGCGUUAUUUAUUCAUUUCUGUAUUUUGUCUUGAUUUCUCUGUCGUCACACACAACAUAAAAAAGUGCUAACAUUCUGAUUUAUUGCUAAAGAAAAAGAAUAUAUAUUAUUUUACCUUUUGAAUUCUCUCUUUCUUUCUUGGGGUUCGUAUUGGCCUCUUUGGUGCGUACGCCGCCUUUUUCGUUGUUGUUGUUUUCUGUUUCGUUUACACACAUAUAUUCAAUUAUCUUUCUGUCAGAGUUACUAAUCUUCUCUCGUUUGUUUGUCCUGUCAUCUCUGGCACUUGUCGCCUUUUCUCUUCUUCGUCUUUUUUUUUUUACUUUGGACUUUCUUUGCCUUCUUCUCCUCUUUCAAUAACUAUAAAAAGGAUAAACCACCUCUUUGUGGUGUAAGCAUUCUCCACCUUUCCACUCCCUCUCUUGUCUACGUUUUAAAGCAACGUUUCGCACACCUGGCAGAUCGAGGUGUUUGUGUGCACGACGGUCGACACAGAGAGGCGGGAAGCGCUGUGUUUUGAACACUUACGUUUUAUUCGUAGAUCACAUUUUAAAAAGCAGACAGCAGUAAGGAAGGGAAAAGGAAGGAAAGUACACACAUUUACGUUGCCCUUUAGAAAAGAAACAAAAACCUGUUUUCUUUCUUUACUUCAAUAUUAGCGCAAUUUUUUAAGUUCUUGUUUGUUUUACCGUUUUUUUUUCCUUUUGAUUCAACGGAAUUGAGCAAAUUAGAUACAAGAGGCAUUUCGUGUUUCGUCUCUUCAGAGCGCUUCUCUUUUUGUUUGUGUUUUUCCUCAUAGUGCAAUUCUCUUACUAAACGUUAAUUUUUGUUUUCCUUGAAAUAUUCACUAUUUACUUGAUUGAACGAAAGUGCCUGCUCCUCUUUCUUGUUUCACUCCCCCUCACCCCCCCUCCCCGGCUUGUGGUGUUAUUCACUUGCAGAGAACGACAGGAAAGGUAACCCACCUGAAACCGCUGCUGCUGUUACUAUAUAUUGUAGCAGUCAUGUCCGAAGUCAGCGCUUUCGCCCCUUUGCCAGGCGAAAAAAUAGUUUCCCUUCUCUCUUCCAAAAAGAACAGCGCUUCUGACGUGGAGGGGAUGACCGAGGUGCAGGUGCAGGAGAGGAUGGACGUCCCGGUAACCAGCGUGGGCAGCAUCGACGACUCGCGCGGGCUGACAACGCCCGAGUGCGACUCGAUCGAGGUGAAGCGGACUGCCGCGUCGCGGUGGGCGAGCGUGCGAGAGGCAUUGGAGGCUUGUCUGGAUCCUCUCUUCCUCGCCGGCCAAUCCAGUGUGAAGGACGACGCAAUCGUGGAGGAGCUUGUCCAGCUGCUGGAUACCUCACUCACAGCCCACGUGCCAGCGCUGGCGGGACUGUCUUUUCUGCAGCCGUUCUUCAGCGGCAGCACCCGCAGUGAGCGCCUGGAUGCGGUGCUGGGUGCUGCGCGGGCGUCGAACAAGCUGAUGCUGCGCGACGACCUUCCUGUUCCGUCCUCCAGCGCAUUUAUGCUGUCGGUGGACGAGGCGGAGGCAGCUUGUCUGCGUGUGGGUCCGCGCAGCCACGCGGAGGGCGUGAACCGCAGCGUGCUGUCGCUGGAGCGCAAGCCGCACAGCACCGCCGCGGACAGCGAAGGAGCCCUGCGUGGCUUCACCCUCAGCCAGCUGCAGGCGUCCGUGCCGCAGCACCGGAUCGUGAAAACGGAGUGGGCGGACUCGCCGUGUGCUGUGCGGGUCGUCUUUGUGUCGCCGGUGGCGGCCGAUCGCGCCUACGCGGUGUGGCGCGCGCACGCCCCGCACGUUGACGUUCGCGUGACCCGCGUCGGUGGCGCACCCACUGGAAAGGCACUGCCCGUCCCUCCGCGUCCCGCUGCUGCGGCCGUUGGCGCUGCCGCCACGACGGUCCCCGCCGUUCCCGCCCCUCGUACUGCUCUCAAGUGCCCGCGUGUGGUCGGGGAGGUCCUCUCCUGCCCGUCCAGCUGCGGCAACUUCACGGAGGUGGUCACCGGGACGAUGGGCACGUUGGCAGCGGCGCCGCGUGCUGCCGUGCCGGUGCCGCGGCCCCCGCCGGCCAUCGAUGCGGUGCUGCCCAGCUCCGCCAAGUCGGGUGUCUCUGCGGCAGUCAGCUCCGAUCCGAGCACAACGAGCACCACUCCUUCCCCGGAGAGCAGCACGACCAAAUCGAAGUUCAACAUGAACGCCACCCCCUUCCUUCCCAAGAGCGUCCUCGAGGCGCAGCUGGCAGCGGCAACGGCUGCUGUUGCUGCCGUCGCUGCGGUGGGGGGCUCGCCGGCUGUCGGCUGGUUGCCGCGUGGCAGCCGUCCUCGCCGCACCCCAGGCUGCGAGGAGGUGGGCGGAGCCGUGAUGGACACGUCAGAGGCCCUGGCCAAUCAAAUGCUGAUGGACUCCAGCAGUGGGUGGAUGUAUCCAGGCCUCGACCCUUAUAAGGGGCCGGCGUGGGCCAACAAGUUCACCGCCCUGGACGGCUGGGCAGCGGAGGGCAACGCGGCAGCAGCGGCGAACGGCUCGGCGGUGUGCAACGGCGACAUGCCCAGUCUGUCCUCGACGUACUCGCUUCGGGGUGCAGCCCCUGUGAUGCCGGGGCGGCCGCGCGCCGUCGGCGGUGACCUGCCGGUUGCCCCAUGUGCCCUUGGCGACUCGCCCAACCCGAAGGAGCAGAAGCCGGCGUGUGCGGUGCAGACCCGCGCUGACUUGUACCAGCCGCCCCCAAUGGCGAUGUCCCCUCCGCUAGAGCAGGUGGGCAUCUACGGUGCCCACUCCUCGCCACCCGCGCUGACCUCGCCGGCCAACCUCUCCACCUCGCGUCGCCACCGCCACGACCCUUACAGCCCCACCGGCUUCGUGCUGUGCAGCGAGAGCAGCUGCGCCUCGUCGCUGUCGCACCUGGCGGGCAACGGGGCCGUCACCCCCGCCGCGAACAAGCUCCUCGUCGCCGGCUGCUUGGCCGGCGAGAAGGUGCCAGCCAACUUCGUCUUUGAGGACCCGUUGAUUAAGGCGUCCGCCCGCCGUCGGGAGCGCCGUCGCCAGGCGCAGAAGGAGGAGGGCGAGACCCCCACGUCGUCGUCCGAGGCGGACAGCUCCUCCACGAACCUCGACGGGUUGCGGUCGCCACGGGCAGAGGAGGGCUGCAGCAGCAGCAGUGGCAGCACGGGGGAUGCCAUGGAGCAAGGCAACCACGGCUUCGCGGCGUAUCACGAGACCAUGGCGACAACACCCGAGAUGGCGGCGGCGGCGACCACCACCGUUGCCGCCGCCGCCGAUGGCGCCGAUGCUGCAGCCGGGAGCCACGCAGCAGCCCCCAAGUCGUACGCAGAGGCGCUGCGGCUGAAGUCGAAGGCGGCGCCGGCGGCUGCGGUUGUCGCGGCGAAGUCGCCGGAGCCGCGGAAGGAGAAGGCGGGAAAGGCGACCGCUGCCGCUGCGGAAAAGAAGACAGGCGCUGCAGCGAGCAAAGCGGCCGCGGUGUCAGCUGUGAAGCCGCUCGCAAAGCCGAAUAAGAUGGCUGUGGUGGCAUAA